AUGUCUGGGGGACAUGUCCGAGGAGUCCAGUGGGAUCAGUUACCUCGUGAGACCCAGCCGUCAGACUUACUUCAGACCACCUAUAGCCCCAUGGCGGCUCGUCUGGCCCUAACAUCGAGCCCUACAAGGCUCCACAGAUACACGAGGAUCUACAGCUCUACAAGGCUCUAUAGCUCUAUAAGGAAUCCUCAGCUCUACACGGUUUCACAGCUCUACAAGGCUCUACUGCUCAACAGGUCUACAAGGUCUACAGGUCUACAAGCUUCUACAGCUCUACAAGGCUCUACAGCUCUACAAGGAUCUACAGGCCUACAGGGCUCUACAAGUCUACAAGGCUCUACAGCUCUACAAGGAUCUACAGAUCUAAAAGCCUCCACAGCUCUACAAGGCUCUACAGCUCUACAAGGAUCAACAGGCCUACAAGGCUCUACAGCUCUGCAGGUCAACAAGGCUCCACAGCUCUACAAGGCUCCACAGCUCUACAAGGCUCCACAGCUCUACAAGGCUCUACAGCUCUACAGGUCAACAAGCUCCACAGCUCUACAAGGCUCCACAGCUCUACAAGGCUCCACAGCUCUACAAGGCUCCACAGCUCUACAAGGUCACACCAGCUCUACAAGGCUCCACGGCUCUACAAGGCUCCACAGUUCUACAAGGCUCCAGGCUCUACAAGCCACAGCAGCUCUAGGCUCUACAGGUCUACAAGGCCCCAGGUCUGGUUCCACAGCUCUACAAGGCUCUACAGCUCUGCAAGUCAACAGGUCUACAAGGCUCUACAGGUCCACAAGGCUCACAGGUCUACAAGGCUCUACAGGUCACAAGGCUCCACAGGUCUUCAAGGCUCCACAGGUCUACAAGGGCUCUACAGGUCCCAAGGCUCUACAGGUCUACAGGCCUACAGGACUGCAAGGCUCUACAGGUCCUAAGGCUCUACAGGUCUACAAAGCUCCACAGGUCUACAAGGUGCUACAGGUCCACAAGGCUCUACAGGUCUACAAGGUCUACAAGGCUCUAGGUCUACAAGGCUCCCCAGGUCUACAAGGCUCCACAGGUCUACAAGGCUCCACAGGUCUAGGCUCUGAGUUACAAAGCUCUAAAGGUCUGCAAGGCUCUACAGGUCCUAAGGCUCCACAGGUCUACAAGGCUCUACAGGUCCACAAGCUACAGGGUCUACAAGGCUCCACAGGUUCUACAGGAUCAACAGGUCUACAAGGCUCACAGGUCUACAAGGGCUCCACAGGUCUACAAGGCUCCACAGGUCUACAAGGCUCACAGGUCUGGGCUCAACAGGUCCACAAGGCUCUACAGGCUCACAGGUCUAAGGCUCACAGGUCUACAGGAUCAGGGUCUACAGGCUCUACAGUCCAGGCUCUACAGGUCUACAAGGCUCCACAGGUCUAUAAGGAUCAACAGGUCUACAAGGCUCUACAGGUCCACAAGGCUCUGGGUCUACAAGGCUCUACAGGUCUACAAGGCUCCACAGGUCUGGGGCUCCACAGGUCACAAGGAUCAACAGGUCUGGGCUCUACAGGUCUACAAGGCUCCAGGUCUACAAGGCUCUACAGGUCCCUGGGCUCUACAGGUCUAGGCUCCACAGGUCUACAAGGCUCUACAGGUCCACAAGGCUCCAGGUCUACAAGGCUCUACAGGUCUAAGGCUCUACAGGUCUACAAGGCUCCAGAGUCCUGGCUCUACAGGUCCACAGGGCUCUGGGUCUCAAAGGCUCUACAGGUCUACAAGGCUCUACAGGUCUAUAGGAUCCAACAGGUCUACAAGGCUCUACAGGUCCACAAGGCUCCACAGGGUCUACAAGGCUCUACAGGUCCACAAGGCUCUACAGGUCUACAGGCUCCACAGGUCCAGGGCUCCACAGGUCUACAAGGCUCUACAGGUCUACAAGGCUCUACAGGUCUAGAGGCUCCACAGGUCCUGGGAUCAACAGGUCUCACAAGGCUCUACAGGUCCACAAGGCUCCACAGGUCUACAAGGCUCCACAGGUCUACAAGGUCAGGUCUAAGGCUCUACAGGUCCUCAAGGCUCUACAGGGUCUACAAGGCUCCACAGGUCUAUAAGGAUCAACAGGUCUACAAGGCUCUACAGGUCCACAAGGCUCUAGGUCUACAAGGCUCUACAGGUUACAAGGGCUCUAGGUCUAAGGCUCCACAGGUCUACAGGAUCAACAGGUCUACAAGGCUCUACAGGUCUACAAGGCUCCACAGGUCUAUAAGGAUCAACAGGUCUAUAGGAUCAACAGGUCUACAAGGCUCUGGGUCUAUAGGAUCAACAGGUCUACAAGGCUCUACAGGUCUACAGGCUCUACAGGUCUAUAAGGAUCAACAGGUCUACAAGGCUCCACAGGUACAAAGGUCUACAGGUCUGGGCUCUACAGGUCCUGGGCUCCAACAGGUCUACAAGGCUCCUACAGGUCUACAAGGCUCUACAGGUCUAAAAGGAUCAACAGGUCUACAAGGCUCCACAGGUCUACAAGGCUCUGGGUCUAUAGGAUCACAGGUCCACAAGGCUCUACAGGUCUACAAGGCUCUGGGUCUGCAAGGCUCCACAGGUCUAUAA